ACCUAACAUACAAGAUAAGUAGUCGUGAAACUCAAAUCGUCUUUACAGCUAUACACUGAUCAGACAGACAUGAGGCAACGAAAGUCAGCAAACCUAAUUCUCGUGCUGUUGAUGUGUGUUGGGCGGACGGCGUGUCUGUCAGGGUCCAUGAGGGGCUGGUUGACGACAGGGGACCACACAAUCCUGUUACGUCAGCUUCCUACCAUAUACGGACGCACGGGAGGGGGAAGUGGAGUUCACAUCUCGGUGGACAGGAACAAGCGGUACCAGACCAUGGAAGGAUUUGGUGCAGCACUCACGAGCUCGGCCGCUUAUGUCAUCCACAACAGUCCUGAAUACGACGAAAUAGUCAACGAACUGUUCAGCCCUUACGCCGGGAUCGGUAUCAGCUACAUCCGAUUGCCGAUGGGAGCGUCGGAUAUCCAGGCAGAGGCGCCGUAUACGUACGCCGACACUCCCUACGAUUUCAAUCUUGACCACUUCAGCAUACAAAAGGAUAGACAGUUCAUACUCCCCGUCAUCAAGAAAGCACUACGGGUCAACCCCACUCUGAAGAUAGUGGGAACUCCCUGGACCGCUCCGGCGUGGAUGAAAAAUACCAACAGACUUCAGGGAGGUCAGUUGAAGUGGGAUGCUAACGUCAAUGAGGCUUACGCUAAAUACUUCGUGAAGUUUAUUCAGUCAUACCAGAACGAGGGAAUUAACAUCACAGCGGUAACAGUUCAGAACGAGCCGCUCAACGGCAAUAAUCAGUAUCCUACCAUGGAAAUGUCCUGGCAACAGGAAAGCGAGUUUGUGAAGCAUCACCUUGGCCCCAUGUUCCGGUCAAAUAACAUCAAGACAAAGAUCCUUAUUUAUGACCACAACUGGGACAAUAUCGAUUAUGCAAAUAAUAUUUUGAAUGAUCACGAGACAAGCCAGUACGUGUCGGGAGUAGCAUGGCAUUGCUACGCUGGGGACAAGAACGCUCCUCUUCAGGUACAUAACAGUCACCCAAAUGUUGACAUGUACUUCACCGAGUGUUCCGGCGGCGACUGGGCUACUGAUUUCAGCGGCAACUUGAUGUGGAACACAGCGACGCUAUUCAUUGCACAGCCUCGCGCAUGGACAAAGACAGUCUUACUAUGGAAUCUUGCACUAGACGAAAAUCACGGUCCACACGUGCAGACGAAUGGAGGCUGCAAGACAUGCAGGGGUGCACUCACUGUUAAUUCGCACGGGGGAUACACCAAGGAAGUGGAAUUCUACCUUAUCGGUCACCUCAGCAAGUUCGUCAAACCUGGCGCGGUCCGGAUAGACUCGUCCACCGGUCAAAACACUAACACUGUGGCCUUUCAGAACCCCGACGGCUCCGUGGCCGUGCUGAUUCAGAAUUCUGAUUCCAGUUCCCAUGACGUAACGAUACAGGUGAAUAACGACGGCCGAUCCUACACUUACAACAUGCCUGGUCACGCGAUCGCCACCUUCGUACUUUGAGUUAGACACGUGUUACCUACCUACCGUCACAAGGACCUGAUAGUUUGUUACAGCUGUAUUUGUCCCUAAACUAAGGUUUUCAGAGUAUUUGACACGGUUUAGGGGGUUAUAUCAACUUUCUUUUUAAAUCCAUCCCCAGUGAUAGGGGUUGGCAUACUAACCGAACCCAUUAGUUUAGGUCCAAAUAUAGCUCUAACAUAUUCUGAGGUUCCUGUGCCUACCGCCAAUACACGUGCACUUGUAUUAAUUCCAUAUUUCCGUGAUGUUCAAGUUGAACAUCACAUAUAAAAACGAAAUAUAUCGAGUCAUAAUGCAUUUAUUGUUUC